AUGAAGAACGGAGGAGGAAGAACAAGCCGGAUCAGAAGACGAAAACUCUUCAGAAGUUCUGAAUCAAGAGGAGUGAAUGAGAGCUACAAGCCUGAAUUUAUAGAGCUUAAGAAGUGGCUGAAAGAUAGGAAGUUUGAAGAUACAAACUUGAUUCCUGCUUGUUUUCCAGGUACAGGAAGAGGGCUGAUGAGCAAGACAUCCCUGCGGGAGGGACAGACGGUUAUCUCGUUGCCUGCGAGCUGCCUGCUCACCACGGACACAGUGAUCAGAAGCUACUUAGGGGCGUACAUUGCUAAGUGGCAGCCUCCUCCAUCUCCUCUGCUGGCUCUGUGUACCUUUUUAGUGUCAGAAAAGCACGCUGGGGAUCAGUCUCCUUGGAAGCCUUACCUGGAGGUUUUACCAAAGGCCUACACCUGCCCAGUUUGUUUGGAGCCGGAAGUGGUGGAUCUUCUCCCUAGCCCUUUGAAAGCAAAGGCCUGGGAGCAGAGAAGCCAUGUGUGGGAGUUCUUUUCUUCUUCUCGAGGCUUUUUCUCCUCCCUGCAGCCUCUGUUUUCUGAGGCCGUUGAGAGCAUCUUUAGCUACUGCGCUAUGCGGUGGGCCUGGUGCACCGUCAACACCAGGGCUGUGUACAUGAAGUGCCCGCCGCGGCUGUGCCUUUCCCCAGAGCCAGACACCUGCGCACUUGCCCCCUACCUGGAUCUGCUGAACCACAGCCCCGACGUCCAGGUAAAGGCAGCAUUUAAUGAGGAAACUCGCUGUUACGAAAUUAGAACGGCUACACGCUGUGGCAGACACAAGGAGGUUUUCAUCUGCUAUGGCCCCCACGAUAACCACCGCCUGCUCCUGGAGUACGGAUUUGUCUCCAUCCGCAAUCCUCAUGCUUGUGUUUAUGUCUCAAAAGAUAUGCUUGUUAAAUAUCUUCCAUCCACUGAUAAACAGAUGAACAAAAAGAUUUCCAUUUUGGAGGAUCAUGACUUUAUAGAGAAUCUGACCUUUGGAUGGGAUGGACCGUCUUGGCGGUUGCUCACAGCUCUUAAAUUGUUAUGUCUGGAAGCUGAAGAAUUUACAUGCUGGAAAAAAGUACUUCUUGGGGAAAUAAUUUCUGAUACAAAUGAGGAGACAAGUUUGGACGUAGCCCAGAAAAUAUGCCGUUAUUUCAUAGAGGAGACUAAUGCUGUGCUUCAAAAGGUUUCUCGCAUGAAGGAUGAAGAAGUGGCUUUGAUGAACCAAUUGACUUUGGUAGAAACACUGCGGACCGAAGAGUUGAAGAUUCUCCAGGCCUCUGCCAAGGUCCUGAUCACCUUGCAAACAGCUUUUACAUAA